AUGAACAACAACAACACAACAACGCUCUUCUCCUCCAACUACACCCAAUCAAACUCAAACUCACAAUCACAAUCCCUCGCCUCCCUCUCCGCAUCCGUCUCCUCCCUACGCUCCUCGCUCACGCUCCUCGACUCCUCAAUCAGCAUCCUGGAUUCCGGCAUUUCCGAUUUCCCGAGACUGAAGAAAGUUCUGAGCAGUACACGGCAUUUCGAAUUAACACCUUCCACAACUCUGCACUCUGCCCAACAAUCCCUCGCCACCGAACUUGCGCCCGCCAUCGAAACGCUGCUCGCGCGCUGCGAGAUGCACGUAUCGAAGCUAGAGAGGCGGGAGGCGGCGCUGGUGGCGCGGUGCGAGUUACUGGAGGGACGGUUGGAGGGGAGGGAGGAGGGGCUGAGGAAGAAGAGGAGUGUGGAGAGGUUGAUGAAAGGGGGGAGGAGUAUGAGUGCAGGUGGAGGGGGAGAGGAAAAGGCGCUGAGGUUGAAGGCGUUGAGGGGGAAGAAGGAGAGAUUGGGGUAUGCGGUUGAGAGGUUGGGGUUGCAGAGUCAGCAGCGGCAGAGGCAGUUGAGGAUGAGUGUUGCGGGGGUGGCGGGGAGAGAUUAUGAAUGA